GGUCUCCGCCUUCCGAGCCAUCUCCUACCACGUGGUGGGCGGACCCGGACGGUGCUGAGCCUUAGACCUCGGAGGACCCCGAGUCCCGGCCACAGUCCAGAGCGGGCGCUGAGAGGCGAGCGAAAGCUUAGGACCAGGAGAGAGCUAGCCCACCGGUGCACUGCCAUGACCAGCAAGGGUCCGGAAGGCGAGCACCCAUCCGUGACGCUCUUCCGCCAAUAUCUGCGAAUCCGCACGGUGCAGCCCCAGCCCGACUAUGGGGCUGCUGUGGCUUUCCUUGAAGAGAGAGCACGCCAACUAGGCCUGAGCUGUCAGAAGGUGGAGGUGGCCCCUGGCUAUGUGGUCACUGUGCUGACCUGGCCAGGAACGAACCCUACACUCCCGUCCCUCUUGCUCAACUCCCACACGGAUGUGGUGCCUGUCUUUGAGGAACAUUGGAGUCAUGGCCCCUUUGAGGCUUUCAAGGACCCGGAGGGCUUUAUCUAUGCCAGGGGUGCCCAGGACAUGAAGUGCGUCAGCAUCCAGUACCUGGAGGCUGUACGGAGGCUGAAGGCUGAGGGCCGCCGUUUCCCCAGGACCAUCCACAUGACGUUCGUGCCUGAUGAGGAGGUCGGGGGCCACCGAGGCAUGGAGCUGUUUGUGCAGCGGCCUGAGUUCCAGGCCCUGCGGGCCGGCUUCGCCCUGGAUGAGGGCCUGGCCAAUCCCACUGAUGCUUUCACAGUCUUUUACAGUGAGCGGAGCCCCUGGUGGGUGCGGUUCACCAGCACAGGGAAGCCAGGCCACGGCUCGCGCUUCAUCGAGGACACAGCAGCAGAGAAGCUGCUCCGGGUUGUGAACUCAGUACUAGCGUUCCGGGAGAAGGAAAGGCAGAGGCUGCUGUCAAACCCACACCUGAAGGAGGGGGCCGUGACCUCUGUGAACCUGACCAAGCUAGAGGGCGGCGUGGCCUUUAACGUGGUACCCGCCACUAUGAGUGCCUGCUUUGACUUCCGCGUGGCACCAGACGUGGACAUGAAGGCUUUUGAGAAGCAGCUUCAGAGCUGGUGCCAGGAGGCUGGUGAGGGGGUAGCCUUGGAGUUUGCUCAGAAGUGGACGGAGUCCCGAAUGACAUCUACUACUGACUCAGACCCCUGGUGGGCAGCAUUUAGCCAGGCCUGCAAGGACAUGAACCUCACUCUGGAGCCCCAGAUCUUCCCUGCUGCGACGGACAGCCGCUAUCUCCGUGCGGUGGGCAUCCCGGCUCUCGGCUUCUCGCCCAUGAACCGUACACCUGUGCUGCUGCAUGACCACAACGAGCGGCUGCACGAGGCCGUGUUCCUCCGUGGGGUUGACAUCUACACUCACUUGCUGCCCGCUCUUGCCAGCGUGCCCGCCCUGGCCAGCGACAGCUAAGCUCCUCUGCCCCUGGAGCUUCCAUCCCAAUCAACCAGCGUGACUCCCUCCUGCUGCCCAGUAAUAAAGUCUGAGUAGUUA